AUGAUCCCCAACUGGAGGCGCCUCCUGGCAGCCACCGCCCUCCUCACUUCUACCACCACCGUCACCGCCACCAUCGAUGCUGCGACCCCCUCCAACAACGAUGAAUCCAUCCUCCACAGCGAACUCGCCUCACAGCAGAACUCAUCACUGCUAUGGGGCCCCUACCGCCCAAAUCUUUACUUUGGGGUGCGCCCUAGGAUUCCUAAAUCGUUGAUGACGGGCCUGAUGUGGGGGAAGGUGGAGAGUUUCCAUGACUUUCAGAACACGAUGCGGUACACCUGUGAGCAGAACGAGGGGAUGAAGGGGUACGGGUGGGAUGAGUACGAUGCGAGGAACGGGGGGGUGCAGACGAUUCACGAUAGGGGGAAUGGGCUGACGCUCACGACGAGCUUUGUGAAGGUUCCGGGGGGGGAGGAAUGGGGGGAGUUGGGGGGCGAGGGUGAAGGGGGUUUUUGGGGAAUCCGGAGCAGAGGACGACGGUGA